GGACCGAUCAUGGGUGACUGGAGCUUUCUGGGUAAUAUUUUAGAGGAAGUUAACGAGCACUCUACGGUGAUCGGCCGGGUGUGGCUCACGGUGCUCUUCAUCUUCCGCAUCCUCAUCCUGGGCACGGCGGCGGAGUUUGUGUGGGGCGACGAGCAGUCCGACUAUGUCUGUAACACACAGCAGCCUGGUUGUGAGAACGUGUGCUACGACGAGGCCUUCCCCAUCUCCCACAUCCGCCUGUGGGUGCUGCAGAUCAUCUUUGUGUCCACACCUUCUCUGGUGUAUGUGGGCCACGCUGUGCACCAUGUCCACAUGGAGGAGAAACGUAAAGAGCGCGAGGAGGCAGAACUUAGCCGGCAGCAGGAGCUGAGCGAGGAGCGUCUCCCUCUGGCCCCCGAUCAGGGAAGCGUCCGCACCACGAAAGAGACCAGCACAAAAGGAAGCAAGAAGUUUCGGCUGGAGGGAACUCUGCUGAGGACCUACAUCUGCCACAUCAUCUUUAAGACACUGUUUGAGGUGGGCUUCGUGGUGGGCCAGUACUUCCUGUAUGGCUUCCGCAUCCUGCCACUGUACAAAUGCAGCCGCUGGCCCUGUCCCAACACGGUGGACUGCUUUGUGUCCCGGCCAACGGAGAAGACCGUCUUUAUCAUCUUCAUGUUGGCCGUGGCCUGUGUCUCCCUCUUCCUCAACUUUGUGGAGAUCAGCCACCUGGGCCUGAAGAAGAUUCGCUUUGUCUUUCGUAAGCCUGCCCCGGCCCUGGCCCAAGGUGAGGGCUCGGCACCCCUGCCACCACUAGGGAAGAGCCUGCCCCCUCUGGCUGUGUCCUCCUUGCAGAGGGCAAAAGGUUACAGGCUGCUGGAGGAGGAGAAAGGUCCCCCCUUAUCUCACCUCUACCCGCUGGCCGAGGUUGGCAUGGAGGCUGGCAGAGGGGCCCCACCCUUUCAGGGCCUGGAGGAGAAGGCUGAGGAGGUGCUGCCCAUGGAUGACAUCUCUAAGGUGUACGAUGAGACUCUGCCCUCUUACGCCCAGACCACUGCGACAGCGGGGGUGACAUUACACGAGGAGGAGGCCGAGAAGGUUCAGCCGGAGGAGGCGGAGAGGGUGGAGGAGGCUGCGGAUGAGGAUGUGGAGGUAGAGGAGGCAGUGAACAGGGAGGGGGUAACUCCGACGGAGGUGGCGUUGGAGGCCACGGAUACGAUAGAAGACACCAGACCGCUGAGCCGACUGAGCAAAGCCAGCAGCAGGGCCAGGUCAGACGAUCUCACUGUAUGAAAUUCAAACGGUGGCAUACUGCAAAUGCUGCACGCGGCUUCGAAUAACAUUUUAGCGAUGAAUGAUGUUUCUACAUAUUGGAGCAUCAACAGAACGUUGUUCCGGAUAUGUUGCAUUUUCUGGAUUGUCUCUCCUGCAGAGGGAAACGUCAUCACAAAACUGGAGGGCAGCCAUGUGACCCUAGCCUGCAACACGUCAAACAUCACGGUCCAACAGCUCACGUGGAAAUUAAACGGUGUGACCCUGAUCAGCAUCAAGACAGAGGAACCGGACCUGCACACCAGUAAAAAAGCAGAGAAGCUGAAGAUAAACAUGUCUCUUUCUGGGACCCAACUGUACGCACUGGUGAUAGACAGCGUCCAGAGGGCUCAUGCAGGGAACUACAGCUGUGACAUCACCGCGCUCGAGGGAGUGUGGAUACACAAAUUGGAGCUGAUAAUUACAGAGAAAAAAGAAGAUGGAAAGAGGAGGAAGCAUGUGCAUAUAAUUGUUGUGGCUACAACUGUUCUAUAUGUGUGUUGCCUGACCUUCAUAUUUACUUUUAUCAUCCUACGAAGAGUCAGCAACUGCCGUGCAGAAGAUAACAGUGAGCCGGCUCCAGUAAUGCAGGAACAAACAGGGGAUGUUUACGAGAAUUGCUUGGAAAUUAACGUUGGUCGUCAUCGCAGCUGUCAGCCUGCCCAUUUCAAGCCCAGAGCUCACCAGCGAUAAAACCGCAGUCCAGUGAGUGAAGAGAGAAGGAGACCGCAAGAAGAGGAAGUAACCAUGAAGUGUCAGACCUCACACUAUAAAAGAAAACCUGUCUCUCAUUUUGUUCUUAGAAUUUUAAACUGCUUUCUCAGGACAUGAACUAUAUGUAUUGAAAAAUUAUACUUUUACCUGAAAACUUCAUUGAACGUUUUUUUUUAAUUAUUUCUUUUAUCACCUUCAUCAGAUAAAUGUGUGGAUUUGUCAGAUCUCACAGCCAUUGGAUCUAUUUUCUUACAAUACAAAUAUUGACUCGCGUAAAAUUUAAACACAACAGUACAUAUGACAGAAACAUGUUAACAGAUACUUCACAGCACAGAGCAGCUGUAACAGGCCUUGUGUUAUCUGUCAUAGAUACAACAUUCAGUGACGCACGUGGCAGCAGUGUGGGUGGCACAGGAACCUUAUCUAUCUAAAGACUUUCAGUUGGGUUCAUGUGCAAUGAUAAAAUAGAAUAUGAAAUGUAAUUGAUUUGAUUUUGAUGUGUUCAGAGUCAUUAAUAACUGGAAACAAAUUAUUGUUAAAACGUAUAAAGUAUUGAACAGUAA